AUGGGAUAAGAAUAAAGUACUAAUGAAAAAACUCAAGAGUUCAAAUAAUUUCUUUUGUAAUACUCACAAGAGAGGGAGGCUACACAUCCUUAAUUUGGAAAAAUUAAAUUGUUUACCCAUAUUUAAACCAAUGAAUAAAUAUGUCUCAAGAAAUAUUUCACUAAGAGCGAUAAAGAAUUGUCUAAUUUAGUUGCUCAUCUCAAAUAAAGAAACUCAUUUGAAUAAAACAAUUUACUAAAAAUACUUGCAGUUCACAAGUAGGAUCAAAUUAAAGUAUGCUCAGAUCAGAGUUAGAUAGCCAUUAUUAUCUAAUAUUAUCAAGAAAACCUAACAAAUGAGAUUAGUGUAAGAAAACUUAACAAUAAACCUUAUAAAGAAGGACAUAUUUGGAUUCUAUUACAGUAAAUUAUUGACCCAUGUACAUAUUUAUGGGAAAGAGAUUUAUUUCAUGGAGAUAUAAAACCAUCUACUCUUUACUUAGAUGAGAAUGGCUCCAUUAAAUUAUCUGAAUGUAGUAUGCUGAAUGAUGGACUUAAUGGAUAUUAAAAAAUGAUACAAAGUUAGGAUAAAUCAUAUCUUUCUCCCAUUCUGUUGAAAUAAUAUAAAGAUCUAAUCAUGUCGCCUACUCAUGAUCCAUAUAAGAGUGAUAUAUAUUCAUUAGGACUUACUGUUUUAAGUGUAAUCUUAUUAGAAGAAGUCUAUGAUUGUUUUGAUUAUGUUGAGGGCAUUGUUUUGACUGAUUUAUUGGAAUAAAAGUUUAUUCGAAUCAAGUAGAUGGGAUUUUCUUAAAUAUUGAUUGAGUUUAUAAAAUAGUUAUUAUUUCUUGAUGAAUAAGAGAGGCCUUCUUGGCAAAUGCUAAAGGAUUUUAUUGAUAAAUAUAGAGAUAAAAUUAACAACAUGAUACCAUUCUAUUAGUGCCAUUUGAAUAAUUAAAAAUCACCUAUAAGGUAGUUGAAUCAAUUUAAUAAAGCUCCACUUAGAUAAAACAUAUUAUACCUUCCAUUGAAUAAGUCACCCCAAUAAUAAUUUUAGAAAUCCUAACAAUUUAAUACAAGCAGAUCAGAUGCAAAACCAAAAUAUAUACAAAUAAGUAAGGAAAAUUACUGA